AUGCCUGAGACAAAGCCAGUGGCCAAGAAGGCCCCCAAGGGCAAAGAUGUCCCCAAACAAGCUCCCAAGGAAUCCCCCAAAGAAACUUCCCCUAAGGAGGCUCCAACAGAACCCCCCAAAGAAACCCCAGCUGAUGACAUGUCCCCCACUGCUGAGGAGCCCACUGGGGUGUUCCUGAAGAAGCCGAACUCCGUGUCAGUGGAGACUGGAAAGGACACGGUGAUUGUGGCCAAAGUGAAUGGGAAGGAGUUCCCGGGCAAACCGACCAUCAAGUGGUUCAAGGGGAAGUGGCUAGAGCUGGGCAUCAAGAGUGGCGCCCGGUUCUCCUUCAAGGAGUCCCACGACUCUGCCAGCAAUGUAUACACCGUGGAGCUGCACAUUGGGAAGGUGGUUCUGGGGGACCGUGGGGAUUAUCGGCUCGAGGUCAAAGCCAAGGACGUCUGCGACAGCUGUGGCUUCAACAUCGAUGUGGAGGCACCUCGUCAGGAUGCCUCUGGGGAGAGUCUAGAAAACUUCAAGCGUUCGGGUGAGGGGAAGUCAGAAGAUGCAGGUGAACUGGAUUUCAGUGGCCUGUUGAAGAAAAGGGAGGUGGUUGAGGAAGAGAAGAAAAAAAAGAAAGAUGAUGAUGACCUAGGUAUUCCACCUGAGAUCUGGGAGCUCCUAAAAGGGGCAAAGAAGAGUGAGUAUGAGAAGAUCGCCUUCCAGUAUGGCAUCACUGACCUCCGGGGCAUGCUGAAGCGGCUCAAGAAGGCCAAGGUUGAGAUCAAGAAGAGCGCAGCCUUCACAAAGAAGCUGGAUCCAGCCUACCAAGUGGACAGGGGCAACAAGAUCAAGUUGGUGGUAGAGAUCAGCGACCCAGACCUUCCUCUCAAGUGGUUCAAAAAUGGUCAAGAGAUCAAACCAAGUAGCAAGUACGUGUUUGAGAAUGUUGGUAAGAAGCGAAUUCUCACCAUCAACAAGUGCACGUUGGCAGAUGAUGCAGCUUACGAGGUGGUCGUCAAAGAUGAGAAGUGUUUCACUGAGCUCUUUGUCAAAGAACCUCCAGUCCUCAUCAUCAAACCCCUUGAGGACCAGCAGGUGUUUGUGGGUGACCGUGUGGAAAUGAUGGUGGAGGUAUCAGAAGAAGGUGCUCAAGUCAUGUGGAUGAAAGAUGGUGUGGAGAUGACUCGGGAGGAUUCCUACAAGGCUCGAUACCGCUUCAAGAAGGACGGGAAGCGUCAUAUACUCAUCUUCUCAGACGUAACCCAGGAGGAUGGGGGACGCUUUCAGGUCAUGACCAAUGGUGGCCAGUGUGAGGCUGACCUCAUUGUGGAGGAGAAGCAGCUAGAAGUCCUACAGGACAUCGCAGAUCUGACAGUGAAGGCCUCAGAUCAGGCUGUGUUCAAAUGCGAAGUGUCUGAUGAGAAGGUGACCGGCAAGUGGUAUAAGAACGGGAUUGAGGUUCGACCCAGCAAGAGGAUCACCAUCUCCCACACGGGGAGGUUCCACAAGCUGGUGAUUGAUGACGUCCGUCCUGAGGAUGAAGGAGACUACACAUUCGUGCCCGAUGGCUAUGCUUUGUCCCUCUCAGCCAAGCUCAACUUCCUAGAAAUUAAGGUGGAGUAUGUACCCAAACAAGAGCCACCAAAGAUCCACCUGGAUUGCUCAGGCAAGACCUCAGAGAAUUCUAUUGUGGUUGUGGCUGGAAACAAGCUCAGGCUGGACGUGGCCAUCACAGGGGAGCCCCCUCCCGUUGCCACCUGGCUGAGGGGAGAUGAGGUAUUCUCAGCCACCGAAGGCAGGACCCGCAUUGAGCAACGGGCUGACUGUAGCAGCUUCGUGAUUGAGAGUGCCGAGCGAGCGGAUGAGGGUCGUUACACCAUCAAGGUCACCAACCCCGUAGGCGAGGAUGUGGCCUCCAUCUUCUUGCGAGUUGUGGAUGUCCCAGACCCCCCAGAAGCUGUACGGGUUACCUCAGUUGGAGAAGAUUGGGCCAUCCUUGCCUGGGAGCCACCCAAGUAUGACGGUGGUCAGCCAGUCACUGGGUAUCUCCUGGAGAGGAAGAAGAAAGGUUCUCAACGCUGGAUGAAGGUGAACUUUGAGGUCUUUACGGAGACUACCUAUGAGUCUACCAAGAUGAUCGAGGGCGUUCUCUACGAGAUGCGAGUGUUUGCUGUCAAUGCCAUUGGAGUCUCCCAGCCUAGCCUCAACACCAAGCCUUUUAUGCCCAUUGCACCCACGAGUGAACCCCAGCACUUGACGGUGGAGGAUGUGACGGACACCACUACCACACUCAAGUGGAGGCCCCCAGACAGGAUUGGAGCAGGGGGCAUCGACGGGUACCUGGUGGAGUACUGUCUGGAUGGAUCUGAGGAAUGGGUGCCUGCCAACACGGAGCCCGUGGAGAGAUGUGGCUUCACUGUCAAGGAUCUCCCGACAGGAGCAAGAAUUAUCUUCCGGGUGGUUGGGGUCAACAUAGCUGGACGCAGUGAACCAGCCACUUUGGCCCAGCCAGUCACCAUUCGGGAAAUUGUAGAGCAACCCAAGAUCCGUCUUCCCCGCCAUCUCCGCCAGACUUACAUCCGUAAGGUGGGGGAGCAGCUCAACCUCCUCAUCCCCUUCCAGGGGAAGCCUCGGCCCCAGGUGGUGUGGACAAAGGGCGGGGCCCCACUGGACUCGUCCCGGGUUCACGUGAGGACCAGUGAUAGGGACACGGUGCUGUUCGUGCGCCAGGCAGCCCGCUCGGACUCUGGGGACUACGAGUUGAACGUGGCAAUCGAGAACAUGAAGGACACAGCCACCAUCCACAUCCGGGUCGUGGAAAAGGCAGGCCCCCCAGAGAAUGUGAUGGUGAAGGAGGUGUGGGGCACCAACGCUCUCGUACAGUGGCAGCCCCCCCGAGACGAUGGGAACAGCGAGGUCACAGGCUAUUUCAUCCAGAAAGCUGAUAAGAAAACCAUGGAAUGGUUCAACGUUUAUGAACACAGCCGCCCCACCUCCUGCACUGUGUCCGACCUCAUUGUGGGCAAUGAGUACUAUUUUAGAGUCUUCAGUGAGAACAUCUGUGGACUCAGUGACUCACCUGGUGUCUCCAAGAACACAGCGCGUAUCCUCAAGACAGGACUUGUCUACAAACCACCUGAAUACCAAGAGCAUGACUUCCGGACAGCUCCCAAGUUCCUGACAUCUCUUAUAGAUCGGGUGGUCGUGGCUGGCUAUUCCGCAGCUCUCAACUGUGCUGUCAGAGGCCACCCCAAGCCAAAAGUGGUUUGGAUGAAGAACAAGAUGGAGAUCCGUGAAGACCCCAAAUUCCUGAUAACCAACUACCAAGGGGUCCUGACGCUGAACAUUCGCCGCCCCUCCCCCUUUGAUGCCGGGACUUAUUCCUGCCACGCAGUCAAUGAGCUGGGGGAGGCGUUGGUUGAGUGCCGGUUGGACGUCCGAAGUGAGCACAUGGAGGUCCCCCGACAUGCUGCCUGGCUGAACCCCACUUUAUAA